AUGAGUAGGCCUACGUUCAGUAGUUUUUUGAAAGCGACCACGCUGAGAUUGCUCCGCGAGCGGCCGCUUCUGUGUGCAGCUGGCCUGGUGAUCGCGACGGGUUCGGCAGUCUACUUUCAUAACAAAUAUUACGGCGUCGGUGAGGAUGAACCGGCCACCUUGGAGAUCGUGGACCGUGUUGUCACGUUUGAAGAGGAUCAUGAUCCCACCCUGGACCAGGAGGACCCAGUCCUUGUUCAGUUUGUGGAUGAGGAGGUUGGGCAGCGUCCCUGUCUGGCUUUAGUCCCUUGGUCUGGACCUCUGUGGGUUCCCAGCUCUCUGACUUAUUACCUUACCCUUGCUGGGAGGAUGAUAGUGAGAGAGCUGGCAGUGUUAAACACACAGAUUUUCAUGAUGGAGCAGCCUAUUUUCUCCUGUUUCACUCCUGUAGGGAGGUUGGUGUGGGAGGAACUGUCUUCUCAAACUGAACAGCCAAAUAGUGAAGACUCUGGUUUUCCCUUUGAGAAGAUGCAGCUGGUUGGGAACUGGGGUUCGUUUCAUUUCCAUACCUGGAUAAUCCGUUAUGGACGAGUGCAGCAAAACGAAGAGGACAUGCAUCACCUGUGCAUUGUGAGGGGAGUGGAGAAACAGCUGUGGUGGAGCAGAGUCAUUCAGGAAAAAAUCCUGGACCCAUGGGGUAAUGUCCAGGUGGUCCUCACCAACAAGGAGGUGACUGGUAUUAAGUUCCUUGGUAGAAGGAUCCAUGGACUCAGGUCUUGCCUCGUCAAGAGGAGGUCAGAGUUCACCUAUUAUGAGGACGCCCAGCAGGUGGAUAUCUCCACCACAGUGGAGGGGUUCCAGGAGAGGGGGGAUGACAUGAUGACGUAUCAGUUCUCUACCUCUGACAUUAUCACCACCCCUCAUGAGCCGUCCUCUGGCUCCUCUCAGCAGUUCCCCCAGGAUUCUCCACCUCCCCCUCCGCCUCCCCCGUUCCCUUCCCCUCCACCUUACCACUUUACCCAGGACCAGACCCCUGACAGCACUCCUCAGGAGUUUGUGGAGGAGCAACAUAAUGUUGCAGAUGUGCCCCAGCUGUGGUGA